UUUGCACAGAGAAAAAAAAGGGGGAAAGUUUGCGUAAAAAACCUCCUGCCCCUCUCCACCAACCUACCCUCCCCCCUGUCUGGACCAAGCAGUCCUGAAGUGCGUACUCGGGGAUUGUGGGUUUAGGCUCGACCCGUGGCGGGAGGUCGGAGGAGAGUCAGGCAGGCUGCCGGGGUGGGCACAGCAGGGAUCGCACGCACGGCUUCCCCUCACACCGGCUCUCUCCCCUCUGUGAGUGGCAUACCCUGUGCGUGCGCGUGUGCCUACGGGAGGGAGGGAGCCAGGCGCAGGCGCACCGUCCGCCCGUCUGCAGCCCGGGCGCUUUCAGUGCAGAUCACGGGGAGUUGAUGGCAGCAGCGCGGUGCAGCCACCCGGCGGAGAGCGGAGCGUGGCGGAGCCCUGAGCCCAAAAUGUGCGGGGAGGAAGACAGCGGCUGCAGCAGCUCCGGGAGCCCGAGGGACGGGACCGGGCACCCGCUGGUUACUCAGCUCUCCUGACCUGCAUACCCCCUCCCCACACAUCGCUCCCCCAAAGAAUGUCAGCCAAGUCCAAGGGGACCCCCGCCUCCUCCUCGCCACCCGAGGGGCCGCCCGCAGCCUCCAAAGCCAAGGUGAAGGAACAGAUCAAGAUCAUCGUGGAGGAUUUGGAAUUAGUCCUGGGGGACCUGAAAGACGUGGCCAAGGAACUCAAGGAGGUGGUUGACCAGAUUGACACAUUGACAUCUGACCUGCAGCUGGAGGAUGAGAUGACAGACAGUUCCAAAACUGACACGCUGAACAGCAGCUCAAGCAGCACAACAGCGUCCAGCUUGGAGAAAGCCAAAGUGCGUGCCAAUGCACCUCUCAUCAAACCCCCAGCACACCCAUCUGCCAUUCUCACCGUACUGAGGAAACCCAAUCCACCACCACCUCCACCACGGUUGACUCCUGUGAAGUGUGAAGACCCUCACAGGCCAGUUCCUUCUGCCAACCCUGUAAAGACUAAUGGGACCCUACUUCGAAAUGGAGGUUUACCAGGAGGACCAAACAAGAUUCCUAAUGGGGAUGUAUUUUGCAUACCUAAUAGUAACUUGGACAAAGUUCCAAUGCAUCCUCUGAUUCAUAGACCUGAUAAAGACAGGUGUCCUCAGACAGGAACACGGGAACGAGUACGAUUUAGUGAGAAAGUACAGUACCAUGGCUAUUGCCCUGACUGUGAUGUUCGGUAUAACAUUAAAAACAGGGAGGUCCACUUACACAGUGAGCCGGCCCACCCGCUGGGAAAGCUUCCUCACCAAUGUCCUCCUUUACCACCGCCGCCUCCUCCUCUCCCUCCAUUGCCUCUAGAAAAUGGAGGCUUGGGAAUAAGUCCCAGUAAUAGCUUUCCCCCUCUCAGACCUGCGACUGUGCCUCCACAAACUGCACCAAAACCCCAGAAGACCAUCUUGAGAAAGUCAACCACUACAACAGUGUGAUGUAUGCCACUUGAAAAACUGUUUGUUUUUUCCUAUAUAUAAACAUAAACAAAUAGGUAAUGAGCACUUUCUACUCAAGCAAUAAAAAGCCCAAAUAUAUUACAUCCUGUGUUCAGCGAAGUGGCAUAAAAAUCAUAUGGAAUAAUUUGAAAGGUAAAAUCUCUUCAGAGACUUGCAGCAGAAGAAUAGAAGUGUGCUCCUUCAGGCUGGAAGGAAUAUCUACAUUUGGAGGCAUAUCAGUUAUUUCUUUGAUGUCGGAUUCGUCAUUGUGACUUCUUGCAGGCCAGAUCUGAUGAAAGUAAUGAGGAACCUGACCCUCCUUGGAGCAUGGAAGCCCUUAGAGUCAGAGCACAACUAAUCACUGGUGUAAUCUGCAUGAAAUCAUCUGCCUCAGAUCUGACAGCUACGAGCUGAGCCCUGACAAAAGCCACAGCCUUAAAUUCUGUUCACUCAGAAAGAAGAAUAAAGAGGACUAAAUACCUUGCCCCAUGACAGAAACAACUGUCUCCAAGCCUGACACUUGAGAAGUUCAGUACUGAGCAAUUAGAGUAACAAACAAUAAAUCAAUUUUUCAUGCGGUCCAGCCAGCAUCCAAAAAUAUUUAAAUAUGUAGCCAAAAGGAAACAUGAAGCACUUAAGUGAUUGCAGGAAAAGCAAUGCAUGUACUACAACAGAGGAAUAUUGCUUUUUGUGGGGAAAGAAGACCUCUGCCAUCCCUUGUACAUAUUCAAAGCCAUAGAAGAACGGAGCUCCAGUGAUGCUAAAAUGUUUGAAAGAAUGUUGUCUCCUGUUCUCCACCCAAAUCUGAAGGAAAAAAUUAGCUGUUACAGAUUGCAUCUCAAUGCACUUCUAAUAUUUGCACUGUCACUUCCAUUCAGGGUAAUGAUGUGUGCCAUCAUUUGCACAGAUGGCCCCAUGAGAUUUUAGACCGCAACAAGCUGUAUCUUGCAGGGGCUCCAAAAGGAAUUAAAAAGUAAAAAGCUGAAGAAAAGGAAUGCUCUCUUACAGUGAGAAUUUCUCCCCACAGGAAAAUAGUCCUUCUUAAGAUUAAAAAAAAUAUGUAUAUGAGAAAAGCAUCAACGUGAUAAAGUGGAUUUAAAAAGGGAUCUAAAAUUUUUUUAAUGAAAUUCAUUUUAUAUCAUAGUAACAGCCAAGAGAUUGAACUAUACACCCAGAAUGUUCCUGUUGGACAUUGACAGUAUCCUCCUAGAAAAUAUUAAAGAAAAAAGUCAUUUGUAAUAUGUAUUUGACAUAUAAUAAUUUUUAUAGCCAUUUAUCUAUGCUUCAUGAAGAAAUGUAAAAGACAAACAGCAUUUUCAGUUUAUUUUUCUAAAUAAAUGUGUUGUUUGUAUUAUUUGCAGUCACUUAUUUUAGAUGGUUUUCAUUACCCCAAAAAAGGAUUUAAAGAUGGAACCAAAACAUAGCAACUGUUUUGCCAUGUUAAAUCGUAACGAUUUGCAGACUGAAAGCUUUAAUAUAAAUAUUAUAAUUUGUAAAAUUAUAAAGUAUAUUUAUACUGCAAAUAUGUAUGGAAAACAAGAAGAGGAGGUAUUUUAACUCUUAGUUUCAGUACAUAGGUUAUUUUGAUAGUCACAUGAACGAAUGUGAAGUUAUAUAAUUGGUACAGGUUUUUUUCUGUAAUAAUAUGUUGUAGCAAAUGAAGAUUCAGCUGCCUAGGAAUUCAGAGAAUAAUUCUAAUGUUCAUGAUUUUCCAAAAUUACACACACUCCCCUUGUCAAGUGAUUCACUUCAUCCAGGAACCACUUUUUUCAUACUGUAACAUACUCACAAGGCCAUUAAAGAUGCCGCUAUUUGGUCAAGAGGAAUUUGGAAACCUAAGGGGUAAGAGAGAUUGAUCAUUACAAUCAUCCACAGAUUUUCAUUUAGGAACAGUCAUUGUAUCUGUCUAAUGGAGUAUUUUGUUAUCAAGUCAUUGAACACAUUGAUUCUAGAGCUGUUUUGAAUAAAAAUAUAUAUUUUCCUUUUUUUCAUUA